GUUUAAUUUAAGCAAAAAUCAACAUGUUCAAGGAAAUAGCAGUACCAUCCUUCUGUUACAUGCUACUUUCCGAUACUCCCAAUGUUGAGGUUCUGUUUUUUCAUUUGUUUUGCGGCAUACUGUGCGAGAGCAGGUCAAGAAUGUUCUAAAUUCACAGAUCUUAAUUUUGGCAAUGCUGUGAUUGGCACAGAUCUGAAGGUGAAACUGCUUUUGUACACACGAAGAAAUAAAGAAUGUGCUGAGCUUCUUGAUGAACAUAAUAUAACAACUUCUACACAUUUUAAUGUAACCAAGAAUAUUGUUGUUAUCAUCCAUGGGUAUAGAUUUACAGGUUCUCCCCCAAUAUGGAUUGAUACAAUUAAAAAUCUUCUGCUUGAAAAACAAGACUUCAACAUCAUUAUAGUAGAUUGGAAUCGGGGUGCAACAACAGUGAAUUAUUUUAGUGCUGUUUCUAGAGCGAAGAAAGUAGUACCCAGCGUAACACAUCUUAUUGAUCAAAUGUUGGAAAAUGGUGUUGUUGUUGAUUCUAUUUAUAUGAUUGGUGUAAGCCUUGGGGCUCAUAUAGCUGGAUUUGUUGGGAAGACAUAUAAUGGCAAAAUUGGAAGAAUUACAGGUCUUGACCCAGCAGGUCCAUUGUUUGCCAGAAAGAUGGCUAAUGAGAGACUGGAUCAUACUGAUGCCCAGUUUGUGGAUGUCAUUCAUUCUGAUACUGAUGGUUUUGGUCUCAAGGAGUCUUUGGGACACAUUGACUUCUAUCCAAAUGGAGGAACUGAUCAGCCUGGAUGUCCAAAGACAAUACUUAGUGGAUCAUCUUAUUUCAAAUGUGAUCAUCAGAGAUCUGUUUUUUUGUAUAUGUCAUCUUUACAACAUAAUUGUGAUAUAACUGCAUAUCCUUGUGAAUCGUAUAAGGAUUACAGGAAUGGAAAAUGUGUGAGCUGUAAUUUUAAAUCACUUCCAUGCCCAAUAGUAGGAUAUUAUGCUGAUAAAUGGAAGGAUCAUUUACUUGAAAAGAAUCUUCCCAUGACAACAGCUUACUUUGAUACUUCAGACAAAGACCCAUUUUGCAUGUAUCAUUAUUCUCUGGAUAUUAUUACAUGGAAUAAAAGCACUAGGAGAGGUUUCAUAAAUAUCAAAAUAACAGAUAAUUCAGGAAAUACAAUAGAAUCCAGAAUUAAUAGUGAUGCCGCUGUAUUUCAACAAUAUAGGCAAGCAAAGAUACUUGCUGGAUUUUAUUUGGAUUUUGGAAACAUUUCAGCAAUUGGUUUGACAUUUUCUACAAGGAGUACAGUUGGCCCCAAGUACAAGCUUAGGGUUCUCGAAAUGAGAUUAAAAUCUCUCUCACAUCCAGAAAGGAUCCAGUUAUGUAGAUACGAUUUAAUACUUAUGGAAAAUGUUGAAACAACUUUUACACCUAUUCCAUGCCAUGAGAUAAAUAUGCAAGACAAUUGAUUAUUUCAGGAUAUUGUAUGCAAGAAAUUAAAGACAGCAACAUGAACUGGUAACAAGUUUAACUGGCCUUCUUCAAGAAAGUUAAUUUGCCGAUUUUAUGAGUACCUCUGAAGAUCACAGAAUGAACUUUUAAAAGAAAUUCAAAUAUUUUUCGUGUGCCUAGUUGCAUAUGUUAGCAAUCAAUUUCUAGUUAACAAGCACUCAGAACUGUGAAUUAUUUUUUGAGAAGAUUUCAAUUUCAGUCUUAUUCACAAGGCUGCUGACACACCAUUGAAAUUAACAGUAAUAACUUCAUCACUAAAUGCAGGAAUAUAGUACAUUAAAAUAUAUGUUUCGAUGCUUUUAUAUUUGACAGAUCUAAUAUCUUAUUAUAUGAAUAUGAAAUGCUGCAGUUUAGAGAAAUAGGUUCAAACCAGCAUUUGGGCAUCUGAACAAAGGCAGUCAUUAAUGGGAGCAUCUCAGUUCAUAAUGACACCCACAGGCUGGUAAUAACUUGCUAAAUAGAAACUGAAAUUGAAUCAAUAUAAUAUUAUGCUUUAUGAAACAGAUGCAACAUAAUUUGUAAAUAUCCAGAAUAUAGAAGCUACAGUUUAGCUCAUCUUAUUGAUCCUGAAACACAAACAAACCAUUUAUUACAGCCAGUCUCUUGGUAGCAUCACUCAAGCCUCUAAGCAACAGAAUUAUGUGAUAUCUUCUGAAAAUCACCUUUGCAUGUUCAAUAGGUGUAGCUGCUAACUGUCUGCAAAAUUUGUGCAUAUUGUUCAUAUGCAUAAGAAAGUAUCUACCUCUUAACAGGUGAAUAACUGGGCUGUGUAAUGAUCGAUAUUAUUUAGCAUGUGAACAUUAAUAUUAAUUUAAAUAAAAUAUUUAUUAAAUCAUA